UAACAAAAUAAAAAGAUCGGCGAUUAAUUGAAAUAUGGCGAGUAAUUGGGGAGAGCAGGUGACAUGGCAGAAAAAGGGGGGACAGCAAAGCACUAUCUUUUUGUGCAAUGUGGGAGAAUCAAAGAUCUCAAACGCCACAUAAACUUGUGGUUCUCAUUUUUUCAUUUCUCUGCUGGCGUGGCAUUUCCCACCUCCCCCUUUAUACCUCCUUUCUUCUUCUUCUUCUUCUUCUUCUUCUUCUUCCUUCUUCUUCUCCCCCCCUGUUUCUCCCCCAUUCAUGCUAUAGUUCUGGAACAAUACUUCUUCUCUGCUUCACUGUAUUUACUCUUCCAACACAGACUCAGAGAGGAUUCUCUCUUUGUUUUUCUCAAUCACGAAUCUGAAUCUGCAUAAUGUUUGAAUCUAAAGACACCGCUAUAAAGCUCUUCGGCAAGACGAUCCCAUUGCCGAUACUCAAUCACCAAAUUGUUUCGCCUAAUCAUUCGUCUUCCCUUACUCUUGACCAUGCUACUGCUGCUGUUACUGCUGAUCACACUUCUCCUUCUGCUAUUUUUUUGCCUCAAGACACCACUGGAGGUUCGUCAACAGAUGGCAACGGAGGAGAUCAAAACAAGAAAUUUCAGGAAAAUUCUGGGGAACAAGUCAUCGAGGAUAAGCAGGAAGGUAACACGUCGGAUCACAGCGCCGAGGACUUAAAAGAGCCUGCAACAACAUCAUCUGGCAUCAGUGAGAACCCUAAAACUUCCUCUGCUGACAGAGAAACUUCAUCAUUGAAAAGUGCUAACAAUGGAGAGCAAAGUGACACAAGUAGUUCUCAAGAAAAGACGCUGAAGAAGCCGGAUAAGAUCCUUCCAUGUCCGCGAUGUAAUAGUAUGGACACCAAGUUCUGUUACUACAACAAUUACAACGUAAACCAGCCGCGCCAUUUCUGCAAAAACUGUCAAAGAUACUGGACUGCCGGAGGAACUAUGAGGAAUGUUCCUGUGGGUGCUGGUCGUCGUAAGAACAAAAGCUCUUCUGCUUCACAUUAUCGUCACAUAAUGGUUUCAGAAGCUCUACGAGCUGCUCAAGUUUCUGCCUCAAAUGCAAUCCACAAAGCUUCUUUGGGAAAUACUGGCACCAUCCUUAACUUUGGCAGCACAGAUUCUCCAUUAUGCGAAUCUGUAGCUUCGGUGUUGAAACUUUCGGAGAAACCACAGAAUUGUGCUCAAAAUGGGUUUCAUUUAUCUGAGCAGAGGAUUCUUAUUUCCUCAGGAGCUACAGCAGAUACUGCAGAUGAUCAUUCAACCAUGAAUUCAUCAGAGAAGGGACAUGAAGCAGCAGCUGCUAAAAACUAUCAAGCUUACCCACCUCAAAUGCCAUGUUUUCCAGGGCCUCCAUGGCCUUACCCCUGGAAUUCUUCAAUUCCUCCACCACCCGCUUUCUGCCCUUCAGGCUUUCCUGUAUCAUUCUACCCACCACCAACCUAUUGGAGCUGCGCAGUGCCCCCUCCAUGGAGUGUACCAUUUAUCACCUCGCCACCCUCUUCUCUAAACCAGUCCCCACAAAGUUCUGGUCCUUCUUCUCCAACUCUAGGGAAGCAUUCAAGGGAUGGCAACAUCCUUAGCACUCCAUCAAACACAGAGAAAGAACAGCCCUCAACCGAUACGGAGAAAACUGUGUUGGUUCCAAAAACUCUGAGAAUUGAUGAUCCAAGAGAAGCUGCAAAGAGCUCUAUAUGGGCAACACUUGGGAUCAAAGCUGAGAAUAAAAGUUCUAGCAAUGGAGGAGGCUUAUUUAAGGGCUUCCAAUCAAGGGCUGAUGACAGAAAUUGCAUGGCUGAAGCAUCCCCAGUAUUGCAGGCCAAUCCCGCCGCCUUGUCACGCUCACUUAAUUUCCAUGAGAGCAUAUAAACCAGAGCUGAAAGUGAGCUGUAAACACUCUGCUAUAUACAUAUAUAUAUAUAUAUAUAUAUAUGUUUAUCCAUAUAUUUCCUCACUACGUCUUGUUGUUAAUUAACCUAGCUGAAAGUGCAGGAACUGUUGGGGAAAGCAAUCCAAUAUAUAUUUAUAUAUAUAUAUAUAUAUAUAUAUAAAGGAAGGUCAGAGAACCAUGUAUCUGUUUUACCCUGUACAAGUGCCGAGCUAUAUCUCUAACUAGCUCAUAUAUAGUGCCAUUUUUUGGUCCUUUUUUUUUUGGUUUCUUUAAGUUUUGGCUGUAAACUUGAACAGUCGUUUUGGUCUUGACCUAGAAUGUUUGUUGAGUGAGUAGUAAUACUUGUAAAAUAUAGCUUGAAAAGAAGCGAUUCUUGAAUGUAAGAAAUUGGGAAAAUAAACAUGUGAAUCCUCAUCCUUUUUUA